CUACGGAGUACAGUACCUUAUCAAGCUAUCAUCAUCUAUGCCGCUGCACUGGCUUGACGCAGAAGAACUGGGAUGGACUGACCUACUAGCAUGGCUCGCUCUAGACGACCCUACUUCGAUCGAGACUUGUACCUGCAUUGCGAUACGUCGAUCCGGGGGAGGGCGACAUUCCUGCUCUCGGCCCCAUCCCUUCUUAUCAUCCGAAAACGGAAAUCCUGAAGCACGCCCCUGGAGGGCUGAAGUAACAUCAGAGUGCAACCGGGAAGAAUGUUCCCUGGAUCAAGCCUCUGGAUCCUCUCUCAACGAGGGUAUCUCAGGGUCUGAAUGUUUUCAUCCGUGUCACGUCUUGAGUUGGGCCCGCGGUCGUAUCGACUGGUCGCCGGCGUCAUGCUCCUCGCCAGUGAGACUCUACAUGCGGACAAAGUGGCCCGGUGGACAUAAUCGUGUUGCAUUGAAAAUCUUCGGUCGCCUGUAUCAGUCUGCAGGCCUUUCAGUGAUGUCCUAAACACCAGGACAGCUUCAGCUACGCAGCAAUCGCGCCCCAAUCCUCCACAAUGGCCACCACAGCACCGAAAUUAGAUGAGCGAAAGAAUGAGGAGAAGAACCAAGAAGAGAGCUCGAUUCACGAGCUAUCCUGUUCCUCUACCACUCCUUUAUCGCCUGGUAAUGCAGUGUCAGAGGUAGUCUACACAAUUGACGACGAAAAGACACCAGAUAAGACACAUUCGGAGGAACAAUCAGGAUCAAGCCUUCGUCUUCUUGUCUGGAUGACAAUCAACAUUGUGUCUACUGUAGCCAUCGUAAGGCACCAGAAACUCCUCAUCUGAA